ACUAACUUUUUCACUAUUUUAAAAUUAAAAAGUCAAGCAUUUAUUCAGAUCAAUAAGUCGUCAAGUCAAAGUUUAUUAGCUAAUAUAAGACUCGGGCGCCCCCCGUAUGAGCUGCUGCCUUUGGUGGGUUAUACUGAACUGAAUUAGUGGACGCACUGCAGUCCAGAAAGACAUUUUUCUUGAAUUCAAUCUGUUGGCCAGCUGAGCUCUGAGCUCACUGUAGCGCGUGUUUUCCACUAGAGGCAGGCGCUGUGUCCUGCCUGCCUGCACGGGACAAACAGGCUCCGGCUGGCUUGGCCUCAUCAGGGGCGGAUGUUUUCUCAGUACAACUUCCCAAUUUCCCCACCCAACCCCCAAACCAGACGAGACCCAGGCCCGGACUCAAGAAGUGAUCCCCCACCCACCUAUCCCCUGAAAGUAUAUUAUUGCGCUUGUCUCUUUCCCACCUCCCCCCUUCUCCGCAUUUGGCGCUGUGCUACUUUCAUCAGCUGCACUGGAAAACCGCACAAACUGGAAUCAAAAAUCUAGGCAGAAAGUAGAAUGACGCUCAUUUCCGUCCAUUGUAAGGGCUGAAAGUGACUCACAUGAUCCAAGUGGAGGUGUUAAAAAAACUCAAAGUCGUUUUUUGUUCCUUCUUAUUGAUAGUUCACACGUCUGUCCUAGGAGUGAAGUAUUUCCCCUGCAACUGCGGCAGCUUUAAAGCCUGCAACCCCGCCCCUUCGCACUAUCACGGGAAUCUAGACUGAAAGCUGGAUGUGAAAAAAAAAAAAGUUUGGAGGUCUCGCAGAAACCACUCUUCUCCUACCAGCUUCCAUUUAUGCGUUUAUUCUUUUACUUUGGGAGGUUUUCGGCUGAGACUUUGCGUCAAACCUGGGUGUCUUCCUGACUGUUUUCCCGGCUGAGAUUUCUCCGACUUAUUUUUUUCCUCUGCAGGAAUACAGAGAGAGGGGGGAAACGGUCUGGCUGCUUAAAGAUUUGUUUCGACAGUAAACUUUUGGCGACAUGGACGCGCACCGUGGCGCGCCUCCGGCCGGGCAGCAGAUCGUGCACGUCCGCGGGGACUCGCAGACGGAGCUGGAGGCCCUCUUCACGGCGGUGAUGAACCCUAACGCGGCCAAACAGCCUUCAUCUCUCCCCAUGAGGAUGAGAAAGCUGCCGGACUCCUUCUUCAGACAGCCGGAUCCCCGGGGCCACUCCAGACAAGCCAGUUCAGAUGGAGGUGUGUGCGGCUCCCAGGCUCCUCAUCACGUCCGCGCCCAUUCCUCCCCUGCUUCCCUUCCUGUCAACUCCCUCUCCACUCAAGCAGCAGAUGUAGCAGCAACACCAAUCAUACCCGAUGACAUGCCACUCCCCCGAGGUUGGGAAAUGGCCAAAACACCGACUGGCCAGCGUUACUUCCUCAAUCACCUGGAUAAGACAACCACUUGGCAUGACCCUCGCCUGGCACAGCUUCAGUCAGCUGCGGCUCAGCAUCCCAUCUCUGGCCCUCCGGUCCAUGCCCACUCCCUCAGCAACCCAGCACCUACAACGCAACCACAAAACAUCAACCCAGAGAAAGGUCCACUGCCUGAAGGCUGGGAGCAGGCUGUGACUGCAGAUGGAGAGAUGUACUACAUCGAUCACAUAAAUAAGAACACCACAUGGGUCGACCCGCGUCUAGCUCAGAAGAUGAACCCAAGCAUCCUUGGCAUGGCAAUGCAGCAAAGUCAGGAAAAGGACAGGCUCAGAUGCAAGCAAGGCAUCCCUCAGCAAAUCGCACCACAGGAUGUAGGAGGAAGGAGCCAGAUGCCCGGUGGGAUGGACCACGACAGGAGCGCACAGACACUCGUCCCGUCUCUGGAUGUCAGGAUCAGAGCAUCGAACCACGAACCUACACUUAAUGGCGCUCACUCUCGCAAUGAGAGCACUGACAGCGGUCUGAGCGUCAGCAGCCUACCCCGCACGACGGACCACAUGCUGAGCUCUGUGGAGCACAUGGACACUGGUGACUCGGAGCCCCCCUCGAUGGCCUUGCAGGACUCGAUGCCCGUGCUCCCAAUGUCCGAGGGCGAGGAACUGAUGCCCUGUAUCCCAGAGGGUCUGAGUUCAGACCUGCUGAUGGACAUGGAGACCGUUCUAUCCGGCUCGCACAUGGACAGAGACAGCCUGCUCACCUGGCUAUAGACACGACCAGCCACUGGUCCAAAUGUAAUUUGGCAUCAAAUUUCCAUAACGUGACUGAGAAUUCUGGUGGAUUUUUGGCUCCAAAGGUGGUACAGAACAACAUUACAGAGAGAAUAUGCUACCGUUGUGUGAUGGAUAACCUAACACUACUCACAUCCUGAGGAAGAAGGUGGUAAGCUGCUGGUAUUUUACUCUUUUUGGCCCUGGUUUUAAAGAGAAGCACGACAGAACAUCCAUGUUUUCAUUUUUCUAAUAACACGCCAUUCUUUUUAGUCUUUACUUGGUAGCUGGUUUGGAACAAACUUUUAAAGUGCCCCGUUAUACUCAUUUACAGGUUCAGAAUUUUAUUUUAAAUGUUUACUAGAAAAAUCUAUAAAUGAUUUUUUUAAUGCUGGUUUUCUCAAACUGUACAUUUAAAAAUGCCUUGUCAUUUACACUCCUGUCUCUUUAAGAUGGUCACUAAAAGGCUGCUCUGUUUGGUUGGUUGAAAUGACAAAAGCAAGGAAACACUGAAGAGGUUAUGAAGUUAACAGGUUUUUAACAGUCUAAGAGGCGUUGGGUGCAAGCAGAAAAACAUUAUUCACAUUAGGAUUAAAUUCAAUAGUUGAUUAUUUUCUCUCACAGAGAGCAUUUUGCAUGUAAUUAAGGCUAAAAUCACAGCACUCCUAUAGUUUUUAACAUAUGUCAAUGAUGUUUCUGUCUGGUCGAGGAACUCUAACGUUAGGUACAUUUAUAAUUACCAACUCUGUUGGUGAUACAAGGGUGGCCUGCAUCUGGAUUUAACUAGUUCCUCGUGCUUGCUUUUGGGCUCUGCAAAACUGCCAAGUGGGUAAUAUGUGUUACAUAGUGAGUUAGAUGAGUAACGGAGGAAAAGCCUGAACUGCUUAGAAAGCCCCUCAAACUGUUUAGCAAUAUCAUGAAGUCCAGUACAUGGUGUGGCAUGCAAAAAUUAAUUGUAAAACACUUUAACCAAAAGGUGGCAGUGUUUUACAAUAAAAUUUUAGUGUAGUUGUCCACGCAACAAAAUGGAAGUUUGUUUCUGCCACUUGAAAGAAAGAUCUGCAAAUUCUUUCUAAGUUGAAAUUUAUCUCAAAAUUUAGAUUUUUAAAUUUUUAAAGUUCCAAGUUAAGUUAAAAGUUUGAGAUAAUUAAAAAUUUUAGGAAGUAUGUUUAAUUAUCACCUACAAACCCCCCCAAAACUGUGCCAUUAACAAGCUUUCUUACACCCAGAAAUGCAUUAUUUUAUGUGUUUUUCAAAAUAUUUUGUGUUACUAUCCAAACAUAUGAACUUUAAUAUUUCUUUUUUAAAAAUUAUACUUUUUUUUUUACCCAAAUUAUUAGGCUUAAUAUGAUAGUAGCAUGAAUUCUGUACACAUGUCACACUAACACUAACUUUUAUCAUGUUUGAACAUCUCAUGCUGAUCUCAGCAGAUUAGCUCACACAGAGUAGAGACUACACUGACACAGUGCGCCGCCUUGUGGUUCAAAGUGGUAUUACAGAAGAGUACAGGCCAGCCCCAUUUACUCUUCAGCUGAUAUCAUGUUUGCAACACACAGACAUCAUCGCUACAAUAAGAUCCUUUCAACAUUCACAGAAAUAACAACAGCAUAUUAGGGGUACUUUAAAAAAAACAGAGUGAAUUCACAAAAAGAGCAUUUCAAAAGAAUAAAAGUGGUACAGAAGCGAUACGACGUUUUGUUACACACACUUUUAGUGGGUUACUACGUCAAAACAGCCUCUAAAUUCAGAUUUUUAAAUGUACAUGUGUGCUAAAAACAACAACAACAAAACAUUCCUAGCAAGGGUCAGAACUAAGCAAUCAAACUCAAGAACUAACAUUAGGUGCGUUAUACCUGACUAAAGACCACCUGCUGAAAAGCUGCCACUUUUCUGGUUUAGGGACUUGAUGCACUCUUGUGGUGUGACUCUAUAGAAUUUGUCAUGAAUGAAGAUGCUAAAAGGAGUCGCAUUUACUUCCAAACCUUAAAAGCAGUUGUUUGAAAUCCUCACAAGCAGAAGUAUUAAAACUUGGUCUAAAGACCUGACAAUUCAAAGUCUGCCAUUAAAUAAAAAUAAUAAAAAGAGCUACAGAGUGAUGCCACCAUACAAAGGAGUCUUAGUUUGAAGACUAAAACUAGAAUAUAAUCUGCUUUCAGGAGUCCUCCUCACACAGAGAGGAACUGUUACAGAGAACAUCUUCAGUGAAUGAUCUCAUGAUCACUGUAACGCAAUGUCUCCCAAUACAGGAUUUUCCCCCGGCAAACGGUAAUCCCAACUCAUCUGGUGAUUUGAUGAAGUUUAUUAAUUAAUUAGCCCAUCUCUGUUCUAAAAAGAAACCCUCACACCGCUCUGAUGUAAAAUCUCUGCAUAUACAGUUACUAACAUACAGGUUUUACUUGUCUUGUUGCCAUGUUAGGUUGCAUUUUAUUCCCAUGAUUUUGUGCACACAGAACUGGAUUGAAACUUCACAAGUAUGUGUUAGAGAUUUGUUAUACUGGAUUGCGUAGCGUGUGGCUGCUUUGUCCACUCCUUUUCUUUGUUGGGUUUUUUUUCUAACAUAAAUUAAAUCAUCUGCCAGCAUUCCUCCAGCUUUGAUACUUAAACUGGUUUAUUCCCUUUUUUGGCUUGAGGCAAUCCUAAUGAUUCUCCUCGUAUAACACCAAAGCACCACCUCCACACAGAAAAAACGUGCAAGCCAAGUUUGAACUUCUCAACUGCAAAUCAGCUACAAUUUUUAUCAUUGCUGUUUAUUUUUCAGAUGCACUUUUCUACUAUUUCAGGCAUCCAGUCUUACCCCUUAGUUUCCUAAAUUGCAAAUGCAUCAAAAUUAAUGGGGAGGAUGUCAAAGGCUAAUUGAUUUUCUCAUAUUCAAUGAAACGAUAAGUCAUGUGUCUGAUUUACAUUAUAUUAUUUUUAGAAUAUCUUGUAGAAGAUGCAGUCUUUCAUUUGGGCUUGUUGUUUAUUAACCAGUAAAAUUUACUGCAACAACUAACCUGUUUCACAGUCUACAGCUACUUGAUGUAGAUUAGAUGGUUUUACAGGAAAGCAGUUUUGCAUGGAUAGGAAUGCAUUAGAUGCCUGGAAUAGUAGGAAAAAUACAAUAUUAUCAUAGAGAAAUAAUCUUUUUUUAGUGCUAAUAAGAUAUUGAUUUGCUGCCACACUGUAGAGUUAGAAUUGUUUGUGGAUCAAGCGAAACGUGUCGUGCUUCAUAAAAGGACUUCAGCAUAAAUCAAAGAUCCUGUUCUGACUUCUCCAAAAAGAAAAAUACUAAAUGCGGAUGCUGUGUUUGUAGUAUAUAUUGUACUCUAACUGAAAAGGCUAUCUGAAGUUGCAAUGCAGGAGGCAAACAUCAGCUGGGGAGCAGUUUAAUUCUCCCUUAUUAGUAAAGCUAUGUAAGAAGUGUAUAAUCUGUUUGGUUUUUUUGUUGUUUUUUAACUGCUCGGUUGUUUCUGCAGUGUGUGUUUGUAUAUUUUAUCUAAAGUUGAAGCUUUUAAUUGUUGGUGAAAGAAUUUCCUCUAACCAGCAUUGUUAAAUAUAUCUAUUAGUAUACAGUAUAGAGUAAAAAGGUAUAAUUAACCCUCCCCCACAGUCAACGUUUUGUGAUGUUUCCUAAAAUUUAAGUACCAAACUUACUGAGCGGCUUACUGCUCGUACACAUAGUGCAACACACUACCUAGCCUAAUAUUUAUCUGAGGAUGCAUGACACUUGCUAUGUAUGUUACAUAUAAUGACUUUUGUUAUCCUAUUUACAGAAAGUUUGGAUGCAGUCAGACUUAUUUUAUACCUUUUUAUGCAUGCGAUUUAUAUAAAUGUUCUUUGUAAUCAUUUUAAAGGAGUUUCUGUUUAACAAACUUUUAUGUACCCCUAAAUAAAAACAUUGUUUCUUGUGA